GAUAAUGAAAAAUACGUAGAGUAUAUAUUCUUUGAUAAUAUUUAAUGAUUAAUCUGUGAUGAAAAAAAGUAAAAACAAAAAAGCGGGUCAACGUCAACAUUCAACAAAUUGAUUAAUGGAAAAUGAUAAUAAUAUAAAAAGUACACGUACUAGACUUACUAAAAAUAUAAUUAUAUAAAAAUUAAAAACAUUAUUAUGGCUUCGAAGAAAAAUUUAAGUAUCAACAAACAAAGUUCAAUAAGUGACUUCGUGAAAAAGUUAAACACCGGUUCGAAACAAGCAACUGGAAAUGGAGACUGCAAUCAAAAUACAGCAAAGCUUUCCAAAUUUGUUUUUAAAUCAAAAUCAUCAAAUUCUGCUUUCAUUCCACCAUUCAAAGGUAGUUCAACAGGCAAUCAAAACACACCUGCCACCAAUGAUAGAGUACCUGCGAGACCUUCAGCUUCAUUGUCCAGAUGUCCGUCGAGUAUUCCAAACAAGCCAGUGGAAUCAAUAAAGAGAAGCAAUAAAACGAGCCAAAACGAAAGUGAUGAUUUGUUUGAUGUUAUGGAUGUCGAUGAACCAAAUGAUCAAGCCUCAGUCCACAGAGAAAACCCUAGAACACCGCCAUCUUCGAGAAUAAAUAGAUCAAUAUCAAUGAAUUCCACACCAAGUCCAUCUAAAAGUGGUUCAAGCUUGUCACUCAGAACUCCAGAAAAGUCAAGUCCUAAAGACACUGACCCACUGAAGAAUUUGCAUCUAGACGAUACCAUAUCAGGGUUUUUGUCGAAAAUUUCGCAUCACCGCCUUUUGAAGAAGCGAGAUAAAGAGGAAAAUUUUUCUUCUGAAGAAAUAGACGAUUGUAGAAAUAUGUACAUAGAGUUAUUAGAGAAAAUUUGCGACGCUUUCAACAGAAUACCCAAUUGUAUCAAAGAGAAGUUUCCCGGCUACGACAAAAACGUUUACAGCAAAAUGAACCAUUUGAAGGUUAAGCUGAGAUUAUUUUUACGGAGUCAUGCUACAAGAACGAACGAUAAUCAGAAGGAUAAUACAACAGAUGCUAUAGUUAUAGAUGAUAGUCAGAGUACGCAAGUUAUGUCAGAUGACGAUGAUUUCCAUACCAAAUGUAGUGUGAGAGUUCCAAACAACGUUGAUAGACUCAAUGACCGUAAAACGUCCACGCCAGAUGUAUCGUCCUUCAAUAAACCGGAGCAAAAUAAAACCAUCUACACUGAGAGUGCAACCAAAAACAUAUCACUGUCCUUCCAUAAUACAUUUUCGCCUUGCAACAGUUUGAAGAACAUAGAUUCCCCGCUACGUUCUGAUACAGAAACAGAUGUAUCUGAUAUAAAAAAGAGCAAAGGAAAAUUCGUUUUCAAGAGACCUUCUUGUAUAACUAUCGACGAUUCUACCGCCAGUGAUUCUACAGUGCCUUCGAGUACUUUGGAUAGAGUGAAAAAUGCUUCGGCAAGGUUGCAGCCUUUGCAGUCCGAAGUACCGAGGAAGGUAUCUCCGGUGCCUAGCAGUUCUGUUAAUUUCCAAGCACCGUCAAUGAGUGAUCUAUCCCCAAAAGACGAUGUACAGAACAACAGUCCAAAUGAAGAUAGCGAGGAUUUGGAUAAUUACGAAAUACCCAUAAAUAUGGACGACGAGACGGACAUCUUCCCCGCAACGCGCGAGGGCGUCGACGACUGCGUGCCCGGCACGAGCGCGCAACGAGUCCACUCGACUGACACGCCCGUACUUGUUGAUGACGACGGUUUCCCUGAAUACAACCCGGCAGACUUCGAGGACGACAUCAGUAGCCUGAGCAAGGAGACGGAGGAGGUGAACUUGGCCGACCGGACCGUUGUGGAGAACAACAAGUACGACGGGAUGGGCGACUUCCACGCCGGCACGCAGAACGACGGCGUCACAGGUGAAUUCGACGGCUACAGUUACCCCCACUCGGUACCGAUGAUGGACACGUUCAAGGAGAAGUUCGGGCUCAAGUCCUUCCGCCCCAACCAGCUGCAGGCGAUCAAUGCCACGCUGCUGGGCUACGACUGCUUCGUGCUGAUGCCCACUGGAGGCGGCAAGUCGCUCUGCUACCAGCUGCCCGCGCUGCUGACGCCCGGCGUCACCAUCGUCAUCUCGCCGCUCAAGUCGCUCAUCCUGGACCAGGUCAACAAACUGCUGUCCCUCGACAUACCAGCCGCCCAUCUCUCCGGCAGCAUGAGCCUGGCCGACGCGGACGAGGUCUACCACAAGCUGUGCAUGAAGGAGCCGCUCAUCAAACUGCUGUAUGUCACCCCGGAGAAGAUCAGCGGCUCGCCCAAGUUCCAGGAUAUGCUGGACACGCUUUACUCCAGGGAUAAGAUUGCGAGGUUCGUAGUAGACGAGGCGCAUUGCGUGUCGCAAUGGGGCCACGACUUCCGGCCCGACUACAAGCGGCUGCACAUGCUGCGCGACCGCUUCCCGCGCGCCACGCUCAUGGCCCUCACCGCCACGGCCACGCCCCGAGUGCGGCUGGACAUACAGCAUCAGCUCAAGAUGCGGAAUUGCAAAUGGUUCCUCUGCAGUUUCAACCGACCCAACCUCGCGUACCGGAUACUGGAGAAAAAGCCGAGGAGCAUUAACCAAGACGUGGCUAAUAUUAUAAAGCAGAAGUUUUUCAGGGAGUCCGGCAUCGUGUACUGUCUGUCUCGCAAGGAGUGUGAGAGCCUUGCCUUGGACCUGCGCAAGGUCGGCGUGCAAGCGGCGGCCUACCACGCCGGGUUGGCCGACAAGAAGCGCGAGGAAGUGCAGACGGGCUGGCUGGCGGACCGGUACAAAGUGAUCUGUGCGACGAUCGCCUUCGGCAUGGGAGUGGACAAGGCGGACGUGCGCUACGUGAUCCACCACAGCCUGCCCAAGUCGGUGGAGGGCUACUACCAGGAGGCGGGGCGCGCGGGGCGGGACGGCGAGCUCGCCAGCUGCCUGCUCUACUACAGCUACAGCGACGUGGUGCGCUACCGCCGCCUGCUGGACAUGGAGCGGAACACGACCGCGGACGCGCGGCGCGUGCACGAGGAGAACCUGCUGCGGAUGGUGGAGGUGUGCGAGAGCGUGACCGAGUGCCGGCGCGCGCAAGUGCUGGCCUACCUGGGCGAGCGCUUCUCCAAGCAGCAGUGCGCCGCCAACCGCCUCUCCGCCUGCGACAGCUGCCUCAACGACCACGACUACAAGCCAGUGGACGUGACGGACGACUGCAAGGUGAUCGUGCGCGCCAUCCGCGAGGCGGGCCGCGCGUCCUACACGCUGCUGCACGUCGCGGAGGCGCUGCGCGGCUCCAACGUGCAGCGCCUCGCCGAGCUGCGCAACACUCCGCUGCACGGCCGCUGCAGGUCCUGGCCGCGCGGCGACGCCCAGCGGCUGCUGCGGCAGAUGAUGGUGCGGCAGCUGCUGGCGGAGCGGCUCGUCGUCAACAACGACAUCGCCAGCGCCUACGUCACGUUGGGGCCCGCCGUCGACAAGCUGAUGUCGGGCAAGCUGCGCAUCGUGUUCCCGAUGAAGGUGGAGAGCAAGGCGUCGCUGGUGAGCGCGGCGGCGCCGGCGCAGAGCGACGACUCGCACGUCGGCGCGCUCAUCAAGGCUCUGGAGGACCGCUGCUACGCCGACCUGGUGGAGGCCUGCAGGGAGAUGGCGUCGUCGCGCGGCGCGUCGCUGGGCGCGCUGUUCCCGCAGGCCGCGCUGCGCGCCAUGGCCGGCAGCCUGCCCGACACGCCGGCCGCCAUGCUGGCGCUGCCGCACGUCACGCGCGCCAACUACGACAAGUACGCCGUGCGCCUGCUGGAGAUCACCUCCGCCUACGCCGUCGAGAAGCUCGGUAUAUUGAUGCAGUACGAGGACGACCUUGAAGAGCAGAAAAAGAAGAAUUUAGAAGAUUUCCAAGAAGAGCAAAGCGACUCGGAGACCGACUGGAGCAGCGUCGCCAAGAGCGCGGAGAGCAUGUCCACCAGCCGCUCGCGGGGGAGGAAGACCUACCGCGGCGGCGUCCGGAAACGAUACCGGCGCAAGGGCGGGUCGGCGGCGAAGACAAAAGCCGCGCGAGGAGCGUACGCGGCGCGCGGGCGCGGGCGCGGCGCCGCAGCGCGCAGUCCGGCGAGCGCCCGACCAGGUACGAGUACCGGCGGCAACGCACUGGGUUCGAUGCCCGUGCCGCGCGCCAACAGUACCGUGUUGAACACCAGGCCGGGGGUGUUCAAACCCUCCAGACUUAAUCUUAUAUAGUGCCAUAUUGUGUAAGUAGAUAUAAUGUUAUAUAGAAAAAUUCAAAGAAAUGCCUUCGGUCGUAGACAAGUAUAAAAAAAUAAUUUAAUUUAUAAUGCCUGUGCAUUCAUUACAUCUCACCCUCAGACCAAUAGGACCUUCGUUCCUUGAUUCGUUCCCAUGAUAUGCGGCCGACGGGGGGAAGGACUGCGCGGGUGUGAAGUGGUAUGCGCAUCGCUAACCCCUCCCACCCCAUCGGGAGUGUUGCGAACAAAAUAGACGUUACUUUUCUGUUGUCAAAGUAUAUGAUCAAUGAUCUAAUGCGAUUGUAUAAACUGUCGCAAUGAUAUCGAUGUUUCACAGUUGUAAUCGUGUACGUCGGCCAUCAUGGCCAGCAGGCGUUUUGGUUCGUAUUGUCAAAAACAUAUUUAAAACUGAAAUUUUCAUGUUAUCACGUGUCAAAAAAUAUAAAAAAAAAAAUUUAAUGUAGUGAUAAUGAACUAUUUAAGACUAUAUUUAAAAAAAAAGUGUCAACUAGCUUAUUGGUCUGAGGGUGGCCAGCUCAUCGUGUAGUGCGAGCAUUAUAGAUGCGUGUACAGCCAAUUUAGCAAUGAUAUCUUGAGUAAAAUUACUUGUGUGAUUAUAAGUGUGAUAAUAAAUUUAUGUUUUCUUUUUUAAUUUCAAUACUUAAUCAUUAUUAUUAUUAUUAUCCAAUUGUUGUUUUAUAUGUAAAUUUUCCUGUCAAUGUAAUAAUAAAUAAACAUUUAAUGUUCAUUUAAUGAUUAAAACAAAUUAAUGAUAAGUGAAGUGACUGUAAAUAAAUUUUUAUUUUUAUAAAUA